GCAGGAGCGCCGAUCCCAGCCGGGCACACACACACACCGCGCUGCUGCUUCGCUGUGCUGUUCCUGCUGAUUCUUCUCUCCUCUACCGCUUCUCUUUUUUUCCCCUUUAUAUAUUUUUUUUCCCCCAAACCUUUGUGGAACAGACGCCCUCUCCUUGCCCCAGUUGGAGCUGCAGUAGAAUGAAAAGGGGGGGUGGGAAAGAGGGAGGAGAGGAGGGAAAAAAAAAACCUCUUUUGGUUGAGGUUUUCCUGUUACUAUCACUGUAGCGUUUAUUUAGCCAAUCUCCUAACUAUGACGUGAGGAAGGCAGGAAUCAUGGCUCGCUCAUAAUAUUUAACACACCCACUGAAAGCUGGAGCUGCAGAGCUACUAGUCCAACCAGUCUCCAGAAUUCAGUGUAGCUGAAAGAGGUUUUCACUCUGCACCUGCCAAAGAUCUCUCCCCCCUUUUCCUUCUCUCCCCCCUUCUUUCUUCCAUUCUCUCUCUCUUUAAAAAAAAGAUCUGUAAGACCCAGCAGAGAUCAAAGACCUCUUCGCUAAAAAGAACCUCUACUGAUUUAUAUUAGUUUCUUUCCUCUAAUCCUUCCUUCUCUCCCCUCUUUUUUUUUUUUUUUCUGUGCCAUAUUUAACCUUUAUGUUGCAGUUGUGCCAUCAGACAGUUUUGCAGCCAAAAAAAAACAACCCAAGCCAAAGCACAAGCCCGGCUCGGAUACAGCAGCCACCCAGACUCGAUCUCAGUUGAACUUACUAAUCUCUCCCAAGCACUGGACGCGAUGGAUGAAGAAACUGGAACCGCUCUAAGGAAAUGAUUUUCCAGCCAAUGUUCUUAAAGAGUCUGAGAGAAGAGAGGGAGCAAGAGCGAGCGGGGAGCGCUUCUGCUGCAUCACUGCUCAAAUCCAAGGGAAAGGAGUCAGCGUUUCCAGCACAGCCAAAUAUUAUGGAUGAUUUUUUUUCUUCUGUCGCCUUUCCGCACAGUUCUUGAUGAUACUGAGACAUGAGGACCUAUCGGGUUUAGCCUGUUUAUUUCCCGGCGCCUAUGGAGGUAACUUUAUUGACUUGAUCGCUCUCUUCCCGACCCGAGAGGAGCACGCCGGAGCCCCGGGGGGGGCCCGGCAGCCCCGCGCCCGCCCGGGCUCUGUCCGCCGCCUCCCCUCCCUCCCCCUCCCCCGGUAAUUCAUCAGCCGCCCCGGCCAUGAAAAUGCUCCUGGUCCGCAAGUUCCGGGUGCUGAUCCUGAUGGUGUUCCUCGUCGCCUGCACCAUGCACAUCAUGAUCGACCUGCUGCCGCGCCUGGAGCGCCGGGGCCCCGAGGGCCGCCCGGGCUGCUCCUGCCCGCCGCCCGCCGCCGCGCCGCCCCGCGCCGCCGCGCCGCGCUGGCCCAGCAAGCACACGCUGCGGAUCCUGCAGGACUUCAGCGCCGAGCCGGCCUCCAACCUCUCGUCGCAGUCGCGGGAGGCGGCGGAGCGGGCGGCGGGCGGCGGCGGCGGCGCGGGCGGCGGGGGCGCGGCGGCGGCGGGGAGGGCGCGGCGCUUGAUCGGCCCCGGGGCGCCGCGCCCGCCGCCCCCCGCCGGCAACGCCGCCCCGCUGGCCGCGCUCUUCGAGCACCCGCUGUACCGCGCCGCCCUGCCCCCGCUGGCCGACGGCGACCUCCUCUUCAAUGUCAACAGCGACAUCAGGUUCAACCCGCGGGCGGCCGAGCAGCCCGAGUGGCAAAAUGAAGAUCAUCAUGAAGAAUUUUUGCCAACUGGAGAGACCUCCAUAGACUCCUACCCAAACUGGUUAAAAUUCCACAUUGGCAUUAAUCGGUACGAGCUCUAUUCCAGACAUAAUCCUGCAAUUGAGGCUCUACUGCAAGACCUUGUCUCCCAAAAGAUAACCAGUGUUGCAAUGAAAUCAGGAGGCACCCAGCUGAAGCUGAUCAUGACAUUCCAGAACUAUGGACAAGCAUUGUUUAAACCAAUGAAGCAAACCAGAGAACAAGAAACCCCGCCUGACUUUUUUUACUUCUCAGACUAUGAGAGACAUAAUGCAGAAAUAGCAGCAUUUCAUCUCGACAGGAUCCUGGAUUUCCGGCGCGUGCCCCCGGUGGCAGGCAGGCUGGUUAACAUGACGAGGGAAAUUCGAGAUGUUACUCGUGACAAGAAGCUGUGGAGAACAUUUUUCAUCUCACCAGCCAACAACAUCUGCUUCUAUGGGGAGUGCUCCUACUACUGCUCAACAGAGCACGCCCUGUGUGGGAAACCAGAUCAGAUCGAAGGGUCCCUGGCUGCUUUCCUGCCUGAUUUGUCACUAGCAAAAAGGAAAACCUGGAGAAACCCCUGGAGGCGUUCCUACCACAAGCGCAAGAAAGCAGAAUGGGAAGUUGAUCCAGAUUAUUGUGAAGAGGUUAAACAAACACCCCCAUAUGACAGUGGGACCAGAAUUCUGGAUAUAAUGGAUAUGACAGUUUUUGAUUUCCUAAUGGGUAACAUGGAUCGACAUCACUACGAAACCUUUGAGAAGUUUGGAAAUGAAACUUUUAUCAUCCACUUAGAUAAUGGAAGAGGGUUUGGAAAAUAUUCCCAUGAUGAACUUUCCAUUUUGGUGCCUUUAAACCAGUGCUGCAGAAUCAGGAAAUCUACCUAUCUGCGAUUACAGCUGCUAGCCAAGGAGGAGUACAAACUCAGUCUCCUGAUGAAAGAAUCUUUGCUAAAAGACAAAAUAGCUCCAGUCCUCUACCAGCCUCACUUGGAGGCCAUGGACAGGCGGCUGCGGAUCGUGCUCAAGGCUGUCAGUGACUGCAUAGAGAAGGAUGGCUAUGACAACGUGGUUGAAAAUGACUUUAACCCUGAUGCUGACACUGUAACAACUGAGAGGUAGUGAAAUGGCAAGACUACGUUUUUACCAGCCGAGUCAAGAAGAUUCAAAGAAGGAAAAGAAACGACAGAACAACAACAACAACAAAAAUAAAGUCUUGCAAAAGACUGUGUAUGCUACUUUGUGAAUUCAGUGAAUUCAGAAAUGAGGUAUAAUUGUUCCCAAAGUAGGUAAAGUGUAGACUCUGCAAAGGAUUAGUUCAUUAAGAAAAAUAAGUCUAAUGUGAUGCUUUUCAUUAGUUCCUGAAGAGAGAUUAUGAAAAGAUUCAGAAAAUACUCAAUCACGGACAGACAGCAGUCUGAUAGCAAAACACCUCCUGUCCUUUUUGUAUAGAAAGGAGGCCUUUACUUAAUAUUUUGUAUUUAUAUAUGGUAUAUCUAUGAAACCCCAGACCUACCUUCCAAAUUUAACUAAGAGGGACAGCAUAGUUUUGUGACUCACACUUUAUUUGUGGUGACAGUCCACUUAGUAUUUUGUGUUAACCCUUUAAGUGCUCUAAUCCACUGUAUCUUAUUUAAAUUGAAUGCUUAUUUUCCCCCCAGCUACUCAGCAUUUAAAGGGUUAAGGCAUUAUGAACUUUAAAAGGCAAAAAAUAAUAAUAAUAAUGAUAAUAAAUACAGGGGUUACCAGAAGGGAAUUUCACUAAUUGUGCUUUGACAGGAAUACUUGAAUGUUGGUUUUACAAAGUGAUGUAAAAUGACAAGUUGUACUAUUUGUCCAUAAGGAGGUGGCAGCUCUUAUCUUUCUAGACUAUCAUAGCUGAGCUGCUACUUUUCAAUUUUGCUUUUGAUAGUUUUGUGUAAAUAUAUACAUAUAUGGGUAAAAAGCUGCUUUCAGCAGCUCUAGGCUUACUUUUGCAGCAUUUUUGUGGAAUUGUUUGCAACGUGGUAAAAGUGCAAUAAAGAUAUGCAAAAUGUGGA